GGCGGGAAGCUGAGGGCGGCCAUGGUGCGGAUCACUGAAGAUCUUGUUAGAAGACGUGCAGAACAUAACAACUGUGAAAUUUUUUCACUGGAAGAAAUCUCUUUACAUCAGCAGGAAAUAGAAAAACUAGAGUAUCUUGACAAAUGGUGUCGAGAUUUAAAAAUUCUCUAUCUUCAGAAUAAUCUAAUUCCAAAAAUUGAAAAUGUGGGCAAACUAAAGAAGCUGGAAUAUUUAAAUGUAGCUUUGAACAACAUUGAAAGAAUUGAAAAUCUGGAAGGCUGUGAAGAACUAAAGAAACUUGACCUGACAGCAAAUUUCAUUGGUGAACUCUCCAGUAUUGAAGCCCUAAAAUAUAAUAUACAUCUGAAGGAACUGUUUCUAGUGGGUAACCCAUGUACUGAAUUUGAAGGUUAUAGACAAUUUGUAGUGGCAACUCUUCAUCAAUUAAAAUGUUUGGAUAGUAAAGAAAUAGAACGUUCAGAGAGGAUUCAAGCACUUCAAAACUAUCCAGAAGUGAAACAGAAAAUCAGAGAACAGGAACAAGCUUACCUUCUCAAAAGGGCCAGAGAAAAAGAAGAGGCUCAAAGAAGGAUGCAAGAAAGAAAGGACAAGAAACAAAAACAAAUGGAAUCUAAUAUUGGAUUUGACAGCUCAGACUCCCUACAGAACAAAGAAAACCAUCAGGCAGAAGGAGAUGGAGAACAAGAAACAUGGAGCAGAGUUGAUGAUGAUGAGGAAGACAGAAGAUUUUGGGAGGAGCCUACACCAUAUACUCCAGAAUCGAGAUUAGAAACUCACAGAUAUAUUGAAGAAAAACGGAGAGCUAAAGACAAUAUAAGGGAAUCAAAGAAGAGAGAGAAGCCUCUUCAGACGUUGGUCACUGCAGAAGGAAAAGUUCUAAAUGUGAAUGUGCCUAAGCUUCAUUUCUCUUUGAAAGAUGAUGAAGAAAACAACCAGAUCAUCUUGGAUCUUGCUGUUUACAGACAUUUGGACACUUCUCUGCUCGAUGUUGAUGUCCAGCCAACUUACAUACGAGUACUGGUAAAAGGAAAGCCAUUUCAGUUUGUGCUACCUGAGGAAGUGAAACCAGACAGCAGCUCUGCUAAAAGAUCACAAACAACUGGUCAUUUAGUUGUCACCAUGCCAAAGGCUAAAGAAAUAAUCCUGGCUAAGCAAAAAGUAUCAACUUCAAUUAAACAUUCUGACUGCAAUACACUGCAAAAAAAUGCAAGGAGCGGACAAGCUGAGAAAUUAGAAGUGGAUCCUAGUAAAUAUUCAUUCCCUGAUGUGACAAAGAUAAUCCAAGAAAAGGAACGAAUUGGACAAGGACCUAUCAGGCUACAACCAGAGAAGGUUACAGAGACUAAGAAGAGUUAUGUUGAUUUUGAAAACAAUGAAGAUGUUCCUCCCUUAAUUUGAAACAUUCUUAAAUAAUCCCUUUAUAUGUGGCAUGUAUGUUUGAGUUGUUUUCAUGACCCUAUGUGUAGAGUAGGUAUAACAUAGCUGAAGUUGGAAUUAGUAUUACAUUUCUU